AUGUCUUGGCACGAUGAAUCCAGUUCGCCAUAUGACGCUAGCGAGCUCCGUAAGCAGAAGGAGGAGCAAGUCGAAACGGAGUUGAACCCACUGGGUCACAGUGGUUCAGUUGCGAUGUUCGAGGAAGACUUAGAUGGUGGCGACGCGGAAAAGGAUUAUGUGAUGAUAAAACCAGUUAACGACGAGGACGAUACCUCCGUUAUGAUCACUUUCAAUCAAGGAAUAACUCCUUUCAUUCUCACGCUGACCUUUGUCGCCUCUAUUUCGGGGUUCAUGUUUGGUUAUGACACUGGUUAUAUAUCAAGUGCGCUCGUGUCCAUCGGAACAGAUUUGGACAACAAAGAAUUAACAUAUGGAGACAGGGAGAUAAUCACGGCGGCGACGUCACUAGGAGCUCUCAUAUCGAGCAUAUUUGCUGGUACGGCUGCUGACGUUUUUGGCAGAAAACCUUGCAUUAUGUUUUCCAACGUUAUGUUUGUCAUUGGCGCAAUAUUGCAGGUGACCGCAAAGAGUUUUUGGCAAAUGGCCGUCGGAAGAUUGAUUAUGGGGUUUGGUGUUGGGAUAGGCUCCCUAAUAUCUCCAUUGUUUAUCAGUGAGAUCGCGCCAAAGAUGAUUAGAGGCCGACUAACUGUAAUAAACUCACUAUGGUUAACGGGCGGUCAAUUGAUUGCUUAUGGCUGCGGUGCUGGUUUAACACAUGUUAACAACGGUUGGAGAAUACUUGUUGGUCUUUCUUUAAUCCCAACUUGUAUUCAAUUUGGAUUUUUCGUUUUUUUACCAGAUACACCAAGAUACUAUUUAAUGAAAGGGAAUGUUCAAAGAGCCUCUGAGGUUUUACAAAAAAGUUAUCCAGAAGCAACUGAAGAGCUGGUACAGUUAAAGGUUAAUGAAAUGAUUCAAUUAAAUCAAUCCAUACCUGGAAAAAACAUCGGACAGAAAGUUUGGAACAUGACGAAGGAGCUACAUACGAAACCAGCAAAUUUGAGGGCGUUAAUUAUUGGCUGUGGUCUGCAGGGUAUACAACAAUUCACAGGUUGGAAUUCCUUAAUGUAUUUUUCUGGCACCAUUUUCGAAACGGUUGGGUUUACAAACUCAUCUGCAGUGUCAAUAAUUGUCUCUGGUACGAAUUUCAUUUUCACGUUGGUCGCGUUCUUUGCAAUUGAUAAAAUUGGCCGUAGAAAAAUUUUGCUGAUUGGACUACCGGGGAUGACGGUAUCGUUAGUGGUUUGCUCCAUUGCUUUCCAUUUCAUUGGCAUCACAUUUGUCGGUAAUGAAGCACAGGUUCUACACGGUGGAUUUACAUCUUGGGGAAUCGUUAUCAUCGUAUUUAUUGUUAUAUUCGCUGGAUUUUAUGCACUGGGAAUUGGUACGGUUCCUUGGCAACAAUCAGAGUUGUUUCCUCAGAAUGUUAGAGGUGUUGGUACAUCGUUCGCGACAGCGACAAAUUGGGCUGGUUCCUUAGUAAUCGCUUCAACAUUUUUGACGAUGUUACAGAAUAUUACACCUUCCGGUACAUUUGCAUUUUUUGCAUCACUGGCCUGCCUUUCAACUUUUUUCUGUUAUUUCUGCUAUCCAGAGCUGUCAGGACUAGAGUUAGAAGAAGUUCAAACCAUCUUAAAAGAUGGAUUUAAUAUAAAAGCUUCAAUGGUACUAGCCAAGAAAAGAAAACAACAAGUGGCAUCAAGAGAAAAACUCAAGUUAGAACCCACUCAUGAAAUCAUUGAGGCUUAG